AAUUGUUCCUUGCUAACUAAAUUUCUAAGAGAGAUUAUAAGAUCAUGAGACAGCCUUGCUGUGAAAACCUAGAUAAAAACAAAGGAGCUUGGUCCAAACAAGAAGAUCAGAAGCUUUCUGAUUAUAUUGAAAAGCAUGGUGAAGGCCAUUGGCGCAAGAUCCCUCAAGCUGCAGGUUUGCUUCGGUGUGGUAAGAGUUGUCGAUUAAGAUGGAUAAAUUAUUUAAGGCCCGAUGUUAAAAGGGGUAACUUUGGUGAAGACGAAGAUGAUCUCAUUUUCAAGCUCCAUGCUCUCUUGGGAAACAGGUGGUCUCUAAUAGCGGGAAGACUUCCGGGACGAACCGAUAACGAGAUUAAAAACUAUUGGAAUUCCCAUCUCAAAAAGAAGUUGCUAGUAAAUGGAAUUGAUCCAAAUAAGCAUUACAUGCAUGGUGUCGGAAUUCAAAAAUCUCAACCGGGCAAAUCACAAGAGGAGAACAAACCACUUGAUCCCGGAGCAAAUGCAUCGAUUGUAGGAGAAACAAACAGCAAGUUGCCUGAUUUGAAUCUCAACAUUGGGUCGUCUAAUAAUAUUAAUAAUAAUGUAGUGGAAGUGAAGAAAGAACAAGUCAUACCGAUUGUAGUGGAAGAAAGUAUUGAGGGCAAGACUUCAUCAACACUCAUCCUCUUCACAUGAUGAUGAUGAUCAUAUAUAUAGCAGCUAUAAUCUUGUAAAUUACCUCAAUUUAUAUAUAUAUAUUUCUUUUAUGAGUAUUUAAUUUAAGCAAUAGUUGUUAUCCUCAUUUAUAAUUACUUGAAAUAGAAGGAACAAUUAUAAUAAGUUGGUGUCUAUCUCUGUCUAUGGCAAUAUUGUCACAUAAUACAUAAGCCUUUGGCAAUUGAAUAAU